UAGCUCAUCCAUGAAGACUUUGCUCUAAAUGGUUGUAAACCUUGCCAUUGGCAUUGCUAUAUAUACGUCCUACUAUCUUCUCCUACUCCACACCAAUUUACUAAGGUUAAUUUCCAGCACAAGAUGACUUCUAAGGUUCUUCUUCUUGUGCUUCUUGGUACUUUUGUUUGUACCAUUGGUGCAAGGAAGCUUGGGAAUGAUAAGAGUGCUUCCUUUGGAGAUGAGAAGACUUUCUUCCACCGUCCAGGGCUUGGUGGAGGAGGCGGUGGUGGCUUUGGUGGUGGAGGAGGAGGAGGGUUAGGUGGUGGUGCAGGUGGUGGUGCAGGUGCAGGAGGUGGGUUUGGUGGUGGUGCCGGUGCAGGUGGUGGAGCUGGAGGCGGGCUUGGUGGUGGUGGCGGUGGAGGGUUUGGUGGUGGAGGUGGAGUUGGUGGAGGAUCAGGGUUUGGAGGAGGAGCUGGGUUUGGAGGUGGUGCAGGUUCUGGAGCAGGAGGUGGACUUGGAGGAGGAGGUGGAGGAGGAUUUGGAGGAGGUGGUGGUGGUGGACUUGGCGGCGGAGCUGGAGGCGGAGCCGGAGCCGGUGGAGGGUUUGGUGGUGGAGCAGGAGCUGGAGGAGGAUUUCCAUGAAUAUAAAGAAGAAAACUAAAGCUAGCUAGCUAUAUUCUCAUGCUUUUCAUAUUAAUAACAAAUGUCACUUUAAUUUAUGUGCUCACGUAUUUGUUCUCUUGUUUGCUUCAAACAUUAAUUCUGCUAGCUAGUGAAUAUGUUUACUUUGUAAAAUUGAAAUUAAAUAAUUCUUAAAUUGAAUGUUAUCUUAGUAAAA